AUGCGUCGAGGCCCGGGACGGGCUGGCGGCGGCGGCGGCUGGACCUCGAGACUGACCACCGGCGGCGGCGGCGGUGGCGGCGGCGCGGACGGGUCCGGCCUCCGCACCGAGGUGAGCUGCGACUCGAGCGGCGGCAGCGGCAGCGUGACGGUGCGGAUCCAGGCGCGCGGCCCCCCGCCUCAGCCGCCUCCGCCGCCUCCGCCGCCCGGGCCCGGCAAGGCCAGCCUCUCCUCCAGCUGCAGCAGCUCGGGGGACUCGGCGGCGGCGGCGGCGGCGGCGGCGCGGCGGGCGCAGGGGCCGGCGUCGUCGUCGGGGGCGCCGGCGUCGGGCGGGCGUCGGAGCCAGCGAGGCGGCCGCGGGGCCGGGGGCGGCGUGGGCGGCUUCGGGCUGGGCCUGGGCCUGGGCCUGGGCUUGGGCUCGGGCUCCCGGCGCAAGGCCACGCGGCUGCCGCAGCUGUUCGAGCGCGCCUCGCGCCGCUGGUGGGACCCCAAGUUCGACUCGAGCAACCUGGAGGAGGCCUGCCUGGAGCGCUGCUUCCCGCAGACGCGGCGCCUCUUCCGCUACGCGCUCUCGUACCUGGGCGCCGCGGCGCUGCUGUGGGGCGCCUACUUCGCGCUGCGGCUGGGCCCGGGCGGCGGGCAGGCCCCCUUCGUGGCGCCGGCCCUGCUCUUCCUGGCCGCCUGCCUCGCCUUCUUCCUCUUCACCUUCACGCGCGCCUACGGCCGCCACCCCGUCGGCACCUCGCUGGCCCUCAUGCUGCUCGUCUUCGCCCUCACGCUGGCGCCGCAGUUCCAGGCGCUCGGGCCCCGCGGGGAGGUGGCGGCGGCGGCGGCGGAGGAGGCCAACGGGACUGCCGGGGCCGCCUCCUGGCCCUCCCUGCCCCCGGGCCCCUGCUUGUCGCAGGUGGGCAGCUUCUCCAUGUGCAUCGAGGUGCUUCUGCUGCUCUAUACGGUUAUGCACCUGCCCCUCUACCUGAGCCUCUUCCUGGGCCUCUCCUACUCGGUCCUCUUCGAAGCCUUUGGGUACCACUUCCGUGACGAGCGCUGCUUUGCGCCUUUCGGGGACCGCCUUGUCUACUGGGAGCUGCUCAGCAAAGCUCUGCUCCACAUCUGCAUCCACGCCACAGGUGUUCAUUUGUUCAUCAUGUCCGAAGUCAGGUCCAGGAGCACUUUCUUGAAAGUGGGGCAGUCGAUCAUGCAUGGCAAAGACCUGGAGGUGGAAAAGGCCCUCAAGGAGAGGAUGAUCCAUUCCGUCAUGCCCCGGAUUAUUGCCGAUGACUUGAUGAAACAGGGGGAUGACGAAAGUGAGAACUCGGUUAAGCGGCAUUCCACCUCCAGCCCCAAAAACAGAAAGAAAAAGCCUUCUAUACAGAAAAACCCCAUAAUAUUCCGACCUUUCAAAAUGCAGCAGAUAGAACAAGUCAGUAUUUUGUUUGCAGAUAUUGUCGGCUUCACGAAAAUGAGUGCCAACAAAUCUGCGCAUGCUCUUGUGGGGCUCUUGAAUGAUCUGUUUGGUCGUUUUGACCGCCUCUGCGAGGACACGAAAUGUGAGAAGAUAAGUACUUUGGGGGACUGUUACUACUGUGUAGCAGGGUGCCCGGAGCCACGGGAGGACCACGCUUACUGCUGCAUUGAGAUGGGCUUGGGCAUGAUCAAAGCCAUUGAACAGUUUUGCCAAGAGAAGAAAGAGAUGGUGAACAUGCGAGUUGGUGUUCACACUGGGACUGUCCUGUGCGGCAUUUUGGGAAUGAGGAGGUUUAAGUUUGAUGUAUGGUCUAAUGAUGUCAACUUAGCCAACCUAAUGGAGCAACUGGGCGUGGCUGGGAAGGUUCAUAUUUCGGAGGCCACUGCAAAGUACUUGGAUGACCGCUAUGAAAUGGAGGAUGGAAAGGUGAUUGAGCGUGUUGGCCAGAGCGUGGUAGCAGACCAGCUUAAAGGUCUGAAAACAUACCUGAUCUCUGGUUUGAAAGUGAAGGAAGCCCACUGCAGCUGUUCACAGACUCUAGAAGCAGGAGACAGAAGCAAAUUACAAGGAGCUUCAUCAGCAGCGGAGAAUGUUGGAGAUUCAGCAAAGGGUUUCAAGCAGCCAGAGAAAAACAAGACAUGCCCUUCUUGCAACAUUAGGUUUGCACCCAGCUGUGCUGUGAGUAUAGAGGAAGGAGCUGUCCAAAACGGGUGCCAGGAUGAACAUAAAAACAACACAAAGGGCCCUGGAGGAUGCAGUCCAAAGUCCCAGAAUGGACUGUUAAGUCCUCCGCAUGAGGAGAAGCUGAGUAAUAGUCAAACGUCACUUUAUGAAAUGUUGCAGGAGAAAGGAAGAUGGGUAGGCGUGGGCUUGGAUCACUCGCCUCUUUUGCCAUUACGGUUCAAAAACAUCAGAGAGAAAACUGAUGCUCACUUCGUUGAUGUCAUUAAAGAAGACAGCUUGAUGAAAGACUAUUUUUUUAAACCGCCUAUUAACAAGCUGAGCCUGAACUUCCUGGAUCAGGAUUUGGAGAUGGACUAUAGGAGCAGCUAUCAAGAAGAGGUCAAAAGGAAUGCUCCUGUGAAGACCUUUGCCAGUGCUACCUUCAGUUCACUUCUGGAUGUGUUUCUGUCUACAACCGUCUUCCUCAUCCUCUCUGCCACCUGCUUCCUGAAACACUGGAUGGCUGCAUCCUCUCCUCUGCCUGCAGCAGUAGUCGUGGUGGUGAUUGCCAUCCUUCUAGAGGUGCUAUCCCUUAUCGUCUCCAUUAGAAUGGUGUUCUUUUUGGAAGAUGUGAUGGCUUGUACAAAGCGGCUGUUGGAGGUGAUUGCUGGUUGGCUGCCGCGACACUUCAUUGGUGCCAUUUUGAUCUCUCUGCCUGCUCUUGCCGUCUUCUCACACUUUACCUCGGAAUUUGAAACCAACAUCUAUUAUACCAUGUUUAUGUGUUCUGCAAUUCACAUCACUAUUGUCCAGUACUGUAACUUCUGCCAGCUCAGCUCCUGGAUGAGAUCAUCUCUGGCCACUCUAGUUGGAGGAGUACUGCUUACCUUGCUCUAUGUUCCUCUGUGUCCUGACAGCUUCAUGGAGGAAACUCACCUUGAUUCAGCAAAGAACACUGGCUCCAUUGAAAUCUCCAACACAACACAGAACUUCAGCUCCGGAGAACUCUUCCAACUUCAUUCAGCACACAACUACAGCACUGUAAAGAACGCAUGCAACAGGUCAACGUCAGAAGAUUUCAGGAGGCCUGCAGACCUGAUUGGCCAGGAGGUGAUUCUAGGUUUCUUCCUUCUGCUCCUUUUGGUUUGGUUUUUAAAUCGGGAGUUUGAGGUGAGUUACCGCCUGCAUUACCAUGGAGACGUGGAAGCUGACCUUCACCGCACCAAGAUCCAGAGCAUGAGAGAUCAGGCUGACUGGCUGCUGCGGAAUAUUAUUCCAUAUCAUGUCGCAGAGCAGUUGAAAGUAUCACAGAGCUAUUCCAAAAACCAUGACAGUGGCGGUGUGAUCUUUGCAAGUAUUGUAAACUUCAGUGAGUUCUAUGAGGAGAAUUAUGAAGGCGGCAAGGAGUGUUACAGAGUCCUGAACGAACUGAUCGGGGACUUCGAUGAGCUACUGAACAAUUACAGCAGCAUUGAGAAAAUCAAAACCAUUGGGGCCACCUACAUGGCUGCCUCUGGGCUGAACGCUUCUCAGUGCCAGGACAUUAACAACCCACAUAGCCACUUGCAAACCCUCUUUGAAUUUGCCAAAGAAAUGAUGAGCGUGGUCGAUGACUUUAAUAACAACAUGCUGUGGUUCAAUUUUAAGCUGCGGAUUGGCUUCAACCACGGCCCCCUGACUGCUGGGGUCAUUGGCACCACCAAGCUCUUGUACGACAUCUGGGGCGACACUGUGAACAUUGCCAGCAGAAUGGACACAACGGGAGUGGAGUGUCGUAUACAGGUGAGUGAGGAGAGCUACCGCAUACUUAACAAAAUGGGGUAUGACUUCGAUUACAGGGGGACAGUCAAUGUGAAGGGCAAAGGUCAGAUGAAGACCUUCCUUUACCCCAAAUGCAUGGACAGUGGGAUAGUCCCCCACCACCAGUUGUCUAUCUCUCCAGACAUCCGUACUCAAGUGGACGGCAGCAUCGGGCGGUCUCCAACGGAUGAGAUCACCAACCUGGUGCCUUCUGUACAGAACUCAGACAAGAUGCCUCAGGCCUCAGGCCACCUCUCAGAGCUCAAGGGUGGGCUACCACCUUUCAAGAAGCUCCCAAAAGAGUCAGCAAAGUCAGAUGACCCACAGAGGUUUGGUAAGGCUGCUGAAAGGAACGACGGUGAGGACGCAGGUCCUGACGAAGCCAACGAGCUAACCAAACUGAACAGCUCGAGGAGCGUGUGAUGCCCAGGAGAGCAACGUCGUGCAUUCUGUCCACAAGAACCCAGAGAUGUGUUCUCCUCGAGAGCAGGUGGGAAGGGGCGUGGCAAAUGGCUCCCUUGUUCCAUGUUCCCAUGUUGGUGUCUCAGUCUGAGUGGAUCACAGCCAAGCAGGGCAAAGCCCCUUCUCUCGCUCCCCUUGAAACAGUCCUUCAGCAGCUGGGAGGAGACAUCAAGUGCCUUCAGGCAGACUCUGCUGGACUCCUUGUCUAGGCUCAGAGGCACAAAGUCAAACUGUAGGUUGUGGGGAUCUGAAUCCAUUCAAAGGACAGAUUUUUUUUCUUUUCUUUUUUUACUCUUUCUCACCAACACUAAUGUUUUUGGUUUUGUUUUGGCUAUUGCAGCUCCUUGAAAAUAUAUAUAAUGUUAAGCCUUUUGUAUGUAAACACAGACAAAUGCACGUUUACCUACCUUCAGCGUCUGACACAAAGAGCCAGUAAACGAAGUUGACCCGAGGCAAUAGCACCGGGAAGGAGGAACAAGAAGCUUUGAUUGGUAGCUCAGCCUUUCUCUGAAGGGACGGUGGAACUGCCCUGUUUGCCAUAUUCAGACUGAAGUGCCGUUGUGUGUUCUGAGACAUGCGGGUUGCCGUUCACCCCGAAGGCCUGUGCAAUGUGGGGUGUGACGAUGGCUGGGGAGUGUUCCAGAAGCAAAAGCCAAGCCAGCCUCCGCCUCGAGUGUUUCGCUCCUGACCUCUGAGCUUUCUGAUGAGACUGUUUUCUCUAUAUCUGGUAUGACCUAAGAGCACUUCAGAAAGGAGCCAAGGCUGCCUGCCUACUUUUCUCUCUCUCCUCCCCCCUCUAACUUCAUCCUAUUUUGUGGGGGCACUUAAAAUUGUCAGGGUGCUUGCUGGCUUAAUCCAAAUACCAAUUUAGUAUGCAUGCAGGCUAGGUCCACCCUUUCCCAUGGCACAGUUGGUACCAAAGCUGUCCACUACAGCUUAUGCAGGAUUUGGGGUACAACUUUUGCUCUUGCUAUGUGUGUCUGGCGCUGGAGUCAGAAUGACUAGUAAGAUCAGGGUUGAAUCUGGUCAGAAGAAUUGUGAGGAGUGUAACCUUUGAUUGUGGCCCUUUUCAUUCCAGUUUUGUUGAGCAUAAUCCCCUGACAAUGCCAAAUGUUUUUGGUUCCUGAAUAGCAAUGAAGCAUUCAAUCAAAAAUCUGUAACACAAGUUUGAGGAAUGGAAUUGAAGGCUUGUCUACGUUUUUGCAAGUUUUAAAAACAUGAAAACAAUUCAAGUAUGUUUAGGGUUGGGCCAAUUUAAGUUUGUGUAGGAGGAUCACACCUUCUUCACCAACAACCUAGAUUGGUCCAACAAAGAAGUAUCAUUCAGCUGUUGUAUAUCAUUCAAGCUUUGGAGGCCAAAUGGACACUCCUGACAUUUCAUCAGUGGCCAACUUCUGUUAUUACGUUGUCACACUCUUCUUUAAAACUAAAGUGCAUCCAUGGAGUUUGUCAUCAUGAAAUGGGCUUUUGUUUGAGACCUUAGAAGGCCUUUUCUGUCCUGUCCUGUCCUGUCCGUCCGUCCCCGUGUAUGUUACACUGAAGAGCACUGUAAUAUCUGCAUAAUUUGAGAGAAGUUCUGGUACUACUUCAGGUUCAUUUGGGCAUGCGAACAGGAAGAGUAGUGAAUUUCCAGCACAGUCCCCAGACCCAGAAGCCCGGACUGGUUUCCAUCCUUUCCUUCUUUAGCUAGGAAGACAAUGCUGUGCACUUAUCAAAAUAUAGUUACAAGGGCAACAGCCUUACUUUCUUCAGGCUCAAGAACUGCACUAGCCUUCAUUGUGGCUGCAAUCCUAAACCCAUUUCCUAGGAAUUCCCUCUGGCAUACACCUGGCAGUUCUGUUCCUUGUUUUUGUUUUUUUCUGUGCCUCCACCCAGAGUUGAGCUUACAGGAAGACUGGUGGCUUUCUGCACAUAUGCCCUCUUGCCUCUGACAGAUGUAAUUCUUGGAGGGCUGAGCGUUGGCAUUUUAGUCUUGAUUUCUUCUGGAGUGUAAACUGUCAUUUCCCCCAUGGCUAAAUUGACCUACCUCAAGGCAUUGUCAGGCUGUCUGCAGUGGACUGAGUUGGUGGUAAACUUUUCCUUUUUGGCUGUUACUUCUUGUUUAAGGACACAGCCCAAAGCCAACUAUAAUAAUGGCACGUUGAUGUGGAGUGUUGUUAAUUAUUGGAUCUCUAGCCUCAAGGAAUCUGCAUACUUAAAGAAUAAAACACUGCAAGGGAGGAGCCAUAGCGUGACCCCACAUGGGAGACUGUUACUGAGACCAGCUCUUUCCAGUGUAAAAAUGCUCAAAUAGUUCGGUGUCUUCUUAUUUUAUUUUGUUAGUUUGGGUGCUGUUAGCCAAUGGCAAAUGUAUGUUGCUCUCUGCUUACAUACCAGAAAUGCAGCAUCUGGAGUGUGGGGUAACUUUCCCUUCUUCUGGCACUGCAGUUUGCUCUGCAUUACAACAAUGUGCACAUGAGUUGAGUUGCUCUGAUUGUGUCCACUUCUUCCUGGAUAGUGCAAUAUCAACUUCUUGCAUGUUGUCUUCAAGUAUUUUAAAUCUCAUUAUGUUGUCAUAUAUCGACAUAUAUCGAUAUAUGUUGUCAUAUAUCGAUAGAAAUAUGAUUAUGUUGUCAUAUAUCAAUAGAAAUGUAAUAAAUAAAUAAAUAAAAUAAAUAUCCCCUAAAGACUAAAGACAAAGAUUUAACUAGAAGUUGAUGUGAACUCCAACUCUUCCUUUGCAAAACUGGCCCCCAGAAUCUGUCAGCUGAAUCUCACGCCUCCAUAGGGGCAGAGUUUGCUCUAGGAAAAGCAUGGUGGGUUUUUUUGGUCAAAUGUUCUUGGAUAACUAAAGCACCAAGUGGAUUUCAGUUAGAAAUGAAAAGUUCUUCAUGGUCUCUGUGACUCACACAUCUGGGCAUCGUUUAGAACAUGCUAAAGCUGAGCAGAAUUUUGGAGGGAGCCCUGCUGCCCUUCUGCAUCCCGCUGCGAAAGGACAGAUGGAGAUGGAAGCAUCCCUCAGAUCUCUUUUAAGAGCCAGAGAAUGUUCCUAACGUUGCUGCUGUGGACAAAAGGAACUGAGCAGAAAGGCUCCUGCCAAAAGUUUGCUCACCUCCAGACUCUUCUAAACGAGGCUCUGCUCAAGCACAGAACCCAGAUGUGUGAGUUCACAGAUGAACUCUUGAAGAAGCAACCUGUCCUUCUGUAGAGAAAUUUAAAAGUGAGGGAAAGUUCUGAAAUUUGGAGAAAAACUCAAUUGUAGUUUGUCAGUUGGUAAGCAAAGAAAGAUGAGGAUUGGGAUCAUUGAGCUCCGUAUAUACCUUAAAGUAAGUACGCAAAGGAGAACCUUGUAGGUAGAAAGGCAGCAGGUGAGGAAGCUAACGUGCAUAAGCAGUUCUGGACAAGUGAUUAUAUUUCCACUGUAUAAAACCCCACACAUGUACCAUCCUACCACAGAGUAAUUUUGAAGUGGUUGGGCUGGUCCACCCAGGGCUGUUUAUCAGGGGCUUGGCCUGACAAGCAGGCAGCCGAGUGCUUGCUCUUGCAUGGGAGCGGUGGCAAGGGGGGCGGACAACCCAAGAUGCUAGCAAUAAAUGGGGGCGUUGGAGCGGGAGCAAUGACACGGAAUCCCUGAAGGCUUCGAUGUGAAUGUUACACACGGGGAAGAGAACUGAUUGCGCAAGUCUGAUGUGGGUAGUGUAAAUGGUGCGUCAGCAAGUAAUAACAUGCACAGGAGGUGGUUAAAUAUUAGGCAACAGAGUGAACGUGAGCUUGGGACAUGACUGGUGUCUCCUUGGCCUGUUAGCAGCAGAAGCCCUGUUUCCAGAACUCCUGGCGCCAAUGGGCUUGAUGGGUGCUCAUAAGGCUUUCUUCAACAGAAACAUUUCUAAUGCGUUGGGGGAGUAAGGUCAGGAGGAAACGGCAGAAGUGGCUACUGAAGGGGCCAUAGGGAGGGAGAGGCCUCCUGGUAACCCCCUUUCAGAAGGUUGGUUGCAGGCAGGCUCAGUCUGCUACGGGCUGCUUCUGGGUAACAAAGUUAUUGAAGAGGCGAGAAAAUGUCCCCAUCAAACAACUCUCCGUUCCCCUGCGCUGUCUGGCUUCCCUGAAAGCAGAUUAAGGAGUUUUAUUAGAAUCAUAGAAUAGCAGAGUUGGAAGGCCAUGGAGUCCAACCCCCUGCUCAAUGCAGGAAUCCACCCUAAAGCAUCCCUGACAGAUGCUUGUCCAGCUGCCUCUUGAAGGCCUCGAGUGUGGGAGAGCCCACACUAGAAUUGCCUGCACCUAAAUAAGCCUGCUUAAAUCCCUUGGAAACCAAUGAAACAAAGUACCUUUAAGGACUGGAUUGCCCUCUAAUUGUUCAAGAUUCCUUUUACUCCCCAUUAAAAAGUGUGCUCUCUUGGCUUCCACAACAGUAGAUUUCCUCAACCUGACCUCGGGGGGGUGCUGUUAGUUUACUUCUUCAAUAGAACUCCAUUAAUAUUUCUGAAAAUGGUAGUUUCUCCUUUUCCUCCACAUCACAGCAAGCAGACUUUGUAGUUGCUGCAGGGGUGACUGUUAGGGAUGGGGGGGGGGCAUGCAUAUGGGAUGAAAUGGUGGGCUACUCUUCGUAGCGCUCCCUUUUUGUAUACUGGCCUGCAGCUGUCAGUAGGCAAAGCCAUGCUGCUGCUGAUAAUUACAGAGGGUGUCGCAGAAGCAGUUCUUGUGAUCUGGGAUCUUCUGCCUGAGUCCCAUCUAGACACUCUCUGUUGCCAUUCGGUUCUUCGUGGCCUGAGUGUGGGCAGAUUUCAGGGCUGGCAAAAAGCCUCUGUUGGAGCAUACCCUAAAGCUCUUUGCUGCCUCUUCUCUGCGAUAAUUUCUUGCAGUAACAAUGCACUAAUAGUUAUACCUGCAAUAUCAGAACCCCCCUUAAUUUGGGGGAGGAACAUCUCACAGCAGAAGGCUGUUAUUCUAGGGGCUUCCUGUUUUAUCUAAGGCCACCACCUUAGAAAUCGUCUAAGGCAGAUACAUCUUGUGCUAAUGAAUGUCUGUUCAUAUACCACAUAUGUACUCCACUGCCGUCCUCUGUACGAUGGAGUUAUGCUACUCCCUCAUGCCAAUCUGGGCAGCAUCUGUAGGGCAAGAGCCGCAGUGAAACUUGACUUCCAAAAGUAUUGCAGCAGUUUGAGCCAAGGGGCCAAACCAUUCUUUAAAGCUGCUGUCUUAAAAGUAAUAAGGGCAAUCAGGACUAAUAAAAAGCCCCAAAGCCUUAAUGAGCUAGAAGACAGUUUAAAAACCAACGAAACAAGCAGAGUUGCAGGUCUGUUGAGGCGGCUUGUAUGUCUGUAGGAUGAAAAAAACACACCAUCUGUUACUGGGAAGGGAUGAUGGUUCCUUGGGUGCUGAAGGCUUGGGUCAGAGUUCUGGGGCUACCAGGGUUGCGCCCCUUCCCUUCCUGUUGUUGCCAUGGUGCUUGGGGUGGGAACCUGGCUCUUCACUUCUCAGGAUCUCAGGAUUCAAAGCUAACUCAGUAUUUCAAUGGCAAUACCAUGUCAAGCUCAAACUGGUUUGGGCUUUGCAUACUUGAAAGGCCACUUAGAUGGAUCUCAGUUAGCAGAUGGCAGAGGAAGGCCUCUUCCUUGGAGCGGAAGACGCUGCCCGGGAUUGGCUUUUGGCUUGGCUCAGCAGAAGCAGUUUCAAGGGUCUGCAGCUGCCUCUGAUCCAUCAUUAUCUUCCUGCCUGAUUCAACAUCUCAUUUUCAUAUGUGCCCUAUUCCUCAGUGAGGUCUCCUGGGUGGCUGAUUCUCCGGCACUCUGAGACAUGUAAGCCAAGGACACUCGAACGCAGUUUGUUCAGACGGGGGUUCUUCACCAGUAUAGACUGCAUUAUUUUAGUCUUGUAUGAUAUUCUCAUGUGUGUUAUUCUAUCUGUUUCUGAAAUGCUGUUACCUGCACUGGGGCUAAGCAUUGUGUGAAAUAAGCUACAAAUUACUAUUAUGGGCCCAGGGGGUGGAUGGAGGAUGCCAGCCUUUAGGGAGCCUAUGCAACUCUUGAUUCAAUAUUUUAUAUGCACACAUCUGUCUCUCAGCUUGUUCAACUCUUCAGCCCGGUGUGCUGAAAUUCCUGAGGAGGCAAGAAGUGAAAGCAACUUGAAACUCUUUAUUUUGUAAAGACAGUAUUUCCCUUCAGGUUCCUAUUGGCUGUGAUUCUUCAUUAACACAGGCCUUGCCUGGAAAAUUGUCUGCAAUACAGUAUUGGUAUCAAUACCAAGCUUCUACCGUCCCUCUCCACCGCCCACCACCCCCACCACCCUGGCCCGUUCUAACUCCCCUGGGUGACACUGUCUUGUCCUCUAUGCAGACAGGUGGAGCAGACACCCCUUCUCCACUCCAGCAGGAGCAAAACAUUCACUGAGUUUCUUUUUGCUUGCUGAGGGUGACGAAGGUGAUCCUUCACUCCAGCAGCUUAAUUGUAAAUUUAAACCUGCACAUGUUUGGCUAAAAACACUAAAGUUGAACAUUGUAUGUGUGGAAUACUAUAUGUAUAUAGAAGGUAAAUAUACAUAUUCUCUCUGACUUGUUACUCCAGAAUUGUAAUCAAUUAAAUAUUAAAUUGUUUUUUCUGUACUGGA